CUCCAGCAACGGGAAAUGCCGGACGUGAGGGACGGUGUCAGACCUUGGCCCUGGCAGCCGGCGCCUUUUUUUUUAUUUUUCUUGUCUCCUGUUGAUCGAUCGAAUCACAAACCGUUUGUUAAGCCCGUGCAUGGUAACAGCGAUCAGAGGCUUCAUGUCGUCUACGCACGUUUUGAUGACGUCACAAGCUCACUAGGCAUUGCCUCCCUUGAUAUGGCCGUCUCCAUCGAGCAAUGGUUCUGCUCAGAGCUAUCUAAACUAGGAAUCGAAGCUACCGAAGACAAUGCAAAGUACAUCCUUUCUAUGACUGAUGCUGAAGAUCUUAAGGAUUAUAUGCUUAGUCUCUUGGAUGGAUCUGAUCCAGCAGUUCAGAAGUUUAUUCCUCAGCUAAUAACCAGGUGGCAAGCAUUUGGAGCUGGUCAUAAUAAUGAAUUGACAAACCUUAAAAGUAAACAAGGAGAAACAAAGAAAAAAUACAAAUACAAACAGGAAAAGAAUUCUUCUGCAUCACUGAAUAGCACAAAUGAGAAAGCCAGCACUGUGAGGGCAGAAAAUGGGAUUAAUCCACUACUUGACCAGAAGCUGGAUCCUCUGCUUUGUGUAGAGUCAGUUCCUUAUGAAGGGGUGGAAAUGCAGCAGAGCGCCAGAAAAAAGAACAAGUUUGUGCCCUUGUACAGCCUGGAAGGUCGGGAAAAGCUGGUCAUCAAAUUGCCAGGACGAACUCUGUGUGAGUGCCAGGCUGCUAAACAUAAACUUAUCAACAACUGCAUUAACUGUGGCCGAGUUGUGUGCGAGCAAGAGGGUGCAGGCCCUUGCCUUUUUUGUGGUAAAUUGGUCUGCACACCAAGCGACCAGGAAGUGUUGGCUCGAGGAUCUAAAAAAAGUGAAAAGCUGCGACAACAUUUGAUGCGCGAUGCAGAAAAAUUUGUUCCUCUGAUUCAACAAAGUGGGCAACAGGUCACAUUACUCACAACCACAGCAGUCCAUACGCAAGAAGGGUUGGAGAAAGCUCUGAAACAUAAGGACAAGUUAAUUGAAUAUGACAGAGCAAGUGUUCGCCGGACUCGGGUUAUUGAUGAUGAAUGUGACUAUUUCACUACAAAUUCUCAGUGGUUGAGCAGACAGGAUCGUGAUACUUUACAAAAACGAGAGGAUGAAUUGCAUUCACAACGACACAAAUCCAAAUCUCGGCAAGAUAGAGUGGUUACACUGGAUUUUGCAGGUCGGCAGGUUAUAGAAGAGGCCAAUUUAACUGGUCAGAUGAUGUAUAGCCAUAAUGAAGCCCUUCAACAGGAACACCUAUUACCCGAUAAAGACCAACAGAAGACCCAAGAGAAAGACAGGGCCUGUAUCGUCAACCCCAUUGUCUUGCAGCCACCAAAGUUCCUGUCACAAACCAGGCAGAUCUUGACAAAAACAGGAAACAAUAAGUCAUCAGAUAUUGCCAGCACCAAGGAUUGUAAUAGGCCACCUGUUAUUCAGGAUCGAGAACUGAAUGAGAUGUCAGAUGAAGGCAUGUGUCUAAGUAUGCAUCAGCCAUGGGCUUCGCUUCUUGUGGCUGGCAUCAAAAUGCAUGAAGGACGAUCAUGGUAUACUGCACAUCGAGGGCGGCUGUGGAUAGCAUCAACAGCAAAAUUUCCAUCCUCACAAGAGAUAACAGACAUGGAAAAUCACUAUCAAAAUCUCUACAACCAGGAGGAGGAAUUUCCAAAGGAUUAUCCAGUAGGUUGUCUUCUAGGCUGUGUGGAUGUAGUUGACUGCCUCUCUCAAGAGGAGUACAGAAAAAAGUUUCCAGAAGGAGAGUCUACCUCACCAUAUGUGUUCAUCUGUGAAAACCCUCAAGAAUUGGUUAUCAAAUUUCCCAUGAAAGGCAAACAUAAAAUAUAUAAAUUGGAAAGUAGUGUACUGCAGGCUGCCAAAAAAGGACUGAGGUAGUGAAGCUUUACAAGAUGGUUAUGCAAAAUUAGCAACAGUCCUCAGCAAACAAAGUCUGAAGCAUUUAGAUGAUCGUGCAAAUCACACAUUAUCUCUGCCCAGUGAUUGUUUUUUGGUUGUCUUGGUGCUUCUUUUUUAAAUUGGGAGAAGUUCUCUGAAUGUAAAAUAAAUCUGUGCACAGAAGAUAUAGGGAACAAGCUACUGGGUAUGCCUUUAGGUUAUUCUUAUGUACAGGCAUAAAAUGCAAACAUUUAAAAUGCCGUUGGAUGCAAGGUAUUGUCUACCUGUUGAAGUCUGUGGUAUCAAGCAAACUUUUAAGAUUAUUAUUAUUGUUAUGUUGGCUUUAACUAUUGACUGCAGCUUACAGGCAACAGCAGCAAGUGGCCAGCAUUAUAAAGUGAAAUCACCAGGUUUAAUGUAUUAUCAAAGUUAUAAAUAGAAGUAUAGCAUUAUCUUAUUUGAAGAAAUGUGCAUUUUGUACUGACUGGCAAAAGUGCAUAUUCAUGCACAACCUCGUUGUAUUGCCAUUCAGACCUUAGUUGAUAAAUGCUUGUCUCCACUAAUCUCAUCAACAAGCGAGUAAAGAUGUAAACAUCCUUUAAGGUUAGGGUUACUACUAGAGUUAAUAAGAAAAAAUUCUAAGCCCAAAAAUUUUUAUAAAAGAUAUAUUUUGACAUUGUUAAAACUAUUUUAAAAUGUGUGCAGAAAUUCUUGGAAUUGUUAGUUUUGAGUUGACCCUACAAGUAGAAAUAGCCUUUUCAUGAGGAGUUUUAACUUGCAGAAAUAAUUUGUUCAAAUUAAGAUAGGUUCCAGAUGUUAAGAAGACAGCUGGAAGAGAAAGAAAGAUCUUUCUAUUAUUUAUGGAAAAGGUACCAACAACUUUAUCAUUAAAAUAUGUUUUCAAGGAAA